AUGCCAUUCUCUCUGUCUACAGUCACGGUGUUAGUCCCGGUUCUGUCCUUACUGGGCCUCCUGUACUCCUCGAGCGUGGACGAAAACUUCCCACAGGGCUGCACAGACACCACCAGUGUGUGUUUUUACAGUCUGUUGUUGCCCGUCACUAUUCCCGUGUACGUUUUUUUCCAUCUGUGGAAAUGGAUGGGAAUCAAGCUGUUCCGGCACAACUGAGAGACGUUAAUAAAGUUCUAUUCAGACCGCAGGAAAGAUGUUUGAACGCGUGUUCUUUCAGACAGCCCAGUAUAAAAUGUUUGUGUUUUGUAGACAGUCAUCUCUGAACGGGUCUGUUUUCAUUAGUUACAAUCACUAUCAAUCUUUUUAGAGUAUGUGUUUCUGCCAAGAAUUGACACCUUUCCUUGUAGAAGAUUGAAAUGGAUCUAAUACAAUAAAAAUCUAACAUUUGA